AGUCAGUGUCAGACUCAGGUUUUUACCAGUAGUCCUCUAGGUGUGUUUGUAAGCUUAGUUAGCUGACUGUGUAUCGAUAUGAAGCUCGGCGGUGUGCUGUUGUGUGUCUUCCUGAUUUGGGUCGAAGGGUCCUGGGGUGAUACACCAGCCAACUGCACCUAUGAGGACCUGCUGGGGACAUGGGUGUUUCAGGUGUCCAAAGGAGGACAUGACAAGACUAUCAACUGUUCUGCUGAAGCCACAGGUGAGAGUACAGUCACUGUGACCCUGAAGAAACUGUCAGUGGCCACAGAUGAGCUGGGCCACACUGGCUUCUUCACCCUCAUCCACAACCAGGGCUUUGAGGUGGUCCUCAGGGGCUACAAAUGGUUUGGAUUCUUUAAGUACACUGAGGAGGCCUCCAAAGUGACCAGUUACUGUGACCAGACCCUACCUGGGUGGAUCCACGAUGUCCUGGGGAACAACUGGGCCUGUUUUGUUGGGAAGAAAGUGAAAUCUGUGCCAGCCCGAACAUAUUACAAACGUCUCUUCAGAAACAAGCGGUUCCAGAGGCCAUACAAACAUAUCCUGGACUACAUUGAUGCGAUCAACUCUGUCCAAAGCUCCUGGAGGGCUCACGCCUACCCACAACAUCAGACAUAUACUCCACAGGAGGUGCAGUACAGAGCAGGAGGGCCCGCCUUUCAGAUCCCCAGACGUAUUCACCGUUCACCUGUGAUCAGUGACACUAACAUGGGGUUGACUCUACCUGAACAAUGGGACUGGAGAGAUGUUAAUGGUGUUAAUUUUGUCAGCCCUGUGCGAAACCAAGCGUCAUGUGGCAGCUGCUACUCCUUCGCCUCCAUGGGAAUGCUGGAGGCUCGUAUCCGGAUCCUCACCAACAACAGUGACACUCCCACCCUCAGCCCACAACAAGUGGUCUCCUGCUCUCAAUAUUCUCAAGGUUGUGACGGUGGGUUUCCGUUCCUGAUUGGGAAAUACACACAGGAUUUUGGUGUUGUGGAUGAGUCUUGUUUUCCAUAUGUGGCUAGAGACAUUCCUUGUGAUGUCCCUCUAAACUGUAGCCGUAUAUAUGUAGCAGAAUAUAACUAUGUAGGUGGAUUUUAUGGUGCUUGCAGUGAAGCGGCCAUGAUGUUGGAGCUGGUCAAGAAAGGACCCAUAGCAGUGUCCUUGCAGGUUUAUCCUGAUUUCGAGCACUACAAGGAGGGUAUUUACCACCACACAGGCCUCAGUGACUCCUUCACUCCCUUUGAGUGCGUUGGUCAUUCUGUGUUGCUGGUGGGGUACGGCCGCUGUCACAUGACUGGACAGAAGUACUGGAUUGUGAAGAACAGCUGGAGCACCGACUGGGGUGAGGACGGGUACUUCCGUAUCCGCAGAGGAAAUGACGAGUGUGCGAUUGAGAGCGUGGCAGUCGCAUGUGAUCCCAUCCCUAAACUGUAG